AGCAGAGUGUCGUCACUUAACAAGAGUCAUCAACUCAUCAACCUAACUAGGACAAUGGCGGCUAUGGCUUCUCACGUCUCGACGCCACGAUCACCUGCUCUUUCCCUCUCCUCUUCAUCGUCCACCACUCUUACUCGCUUCUCCGCCGUAUCACUCUCUUCUCCGGCGACCUUCUCCUCCCUCCGCCUUCGUGUCUCCUGCCAAGCCUCCUCCGUCACUUCCCCCACAACUUCCGAUGUGAAAGGAAGUUGUGACCUGAAAGACUUUCUGGCCAUAGAUGAUUUUGACACAGAGACCAUCAAAAAGAUCCUAGACAAGGCCUCAGAGGUCAAAGCCCUGCUCAAGUCAGGGGAGAGGAACUAUCUGCCUUUCAAAGGCAAGUCCAUGUCUAUGAUCUUCGCAAAGCCCUCCAUGAGGACUCGUGUUUCCUUCGAGACUGGCUUCUUCUUGCUUGGUGGACAUGCCUUGUAUCUUGGUCCCGAUGACAUCCAGAUGGGCAAGAGGGAGGAGACUCGCGACGUUGCUCGUGUUCUGUCGGGAUAUAAUGACAUCAUUAUGGCCCGUGUCUUUGCUCAUCAGGACAUUCUUGAUUUGGCUAACUACUCGAGUGUACCAGUUGUCAACGGUCUGACAGAUCAUAACCAUCCUUGUCAGAUUAUGGCUGAUGCCCUCACAAUCAUUGAGCACAUUGGUCAAGUCGAAGGGACAAAGGUUGUUUAUGUUGGAGAUGGGAACAAUAUGGUUCACUCAUGGUUAGAAUUGGCAUCAGUUAUUCCUUUCCACUUCGUCUGCGCUUGCCCAAAAGGGUUUGAGCCAGACAAAGAGAGAGUUCUAAAGGCAGAACAAGCUGGUUUAAGUAAGAUAGAGAUCGUGCAUGAUGCUAAAGAAGCUGUGAUAGGAGCUGAUGUUGUGUACUCAGACGUAUGGGCCAGUAUGGGCCAAAAGGAUGAAGCUGAAUACCGCCGAAAAGCAUUCCUAGGAUUCCAGGUGGAUGAAGCUCUUAUGAAGUUGGCUGGACCAAAAGCCUAUUUCAUGCAUUGUUUGCCUGCAGAAAGAGGAGUUGAGGUGACCAAUGGAGUCGUGGAAGCUCCUUAUUCCAUUGUCUUCCCACAGGCUGAGAAUCGUAUGCAUGCUCAAAAUGCUAUAAUGCUUCAUUUGCUUGGCUUUUGAACCCCUUUUGUUAUCUUAGUUCUCUCUCUCUCUCACGUGUUUACUGGUGUGCCAUUGUGGAUGGUGUAGCUGGGAAUAAGAAUGAGCUUCUUUUUAUAUAAUAUGACAUGGUUACAUAUUUUUAUA